GCUGCUGCGUCAUACGCCCCAGAGCCGCCGGGACAGAGGGGUUGGGCCUGGGAACCCCCCGGCCUCUGUCUGCACGCCUUCCGACGCCCAGACGUGCCCUCCCCGCCCUGGGGGUUCGCCUCGGUCUCCCACGUCUGCCUCUGCCCGGCUUGCGGCGGCCCCAGCUGUCACCGGAUGAUUGUUCUGAAUGAGGAGACACGCGGGCCUGAGAAGGCAGACGUUUCUAUUCUGGAAAACAUGCCCAGAAAAGCUCCCAAGACACAUCUCUGGGCCCCCCCAGGAUGCAAUGGCACAGCCCCCCCGGCUGAGCCGCUCUGGUGCCCCCCCCCUUUGGGACCCAGCUUCCCCUGCUCCCACCUCAGGCCCCAGGCCCCGGCUUUGGGAAGGUCAAGAUGUGCUGGCCAGAUGGACAGAUGGGCUGCUAUACUUGGGGACCAUCAAGAAGGUGGACAGUGCUCGGGAGGUGUGUCUGGUCCAGUUUGAGGAUGAUUCUCAGUUUCUGGUUCUAUGGAAAGACAUUAGCCCUGCUGCCCUCCCUGGGGAGGAACUCCUCUGCUGUGUCUGUCGCUCUGAGACUGUGGUCCCUGGGAACCGGCUGGUCAGCUGUGAGAAAUGUCGCCAUGCUUAUCACCAGGACUGCCAUGUUCCAAGGGCUCCAGCCCCUGGAGAAGGAGAAGGCACAUCCUGGGUCUGCCGUCAGUGCAUCUUCGCCAUCGCCACCAAGCAGGCUGCCUAUUCUGUCUCCCCAGAGAGGGGGUGCACUGAAGAAGGGCCCCUAUGCUCGGGCCAUGCUGGGCAUGAAGCUCUCCCUGCCGUAUGGACUAAAGGGCCUGGACUGGGACGCUGGACAUCUGAGCAACAGGCAGCAGAGCUACUGUUACUGUGGUGGCCCUGGGGAGUGGAACCUGAAAAUGCUACAGUGCCGGAGCUGCCUGCAGUGGUUCCAUGAGGCCUGCACCCAGUGUCUCAGCAAGCCCCUCCUCUAUGGGGACAGGUUCUAUGAGUUUGAAUGCUGUGUGUGUCAGGGUGGCCCUGAGAAGGUCAGGAGGCUGCAGCUUCGCUGGGUGGAUGUGGCCCAUCUUGUCCUCUAUCACCUCAGCGUUUGCUGUAAGAAAAAAUACUUUGAUUUUGACCGUGAGAUCCUCCCCUUCACCUCUGAGAAUUGGGACAGUUUGCUCCUUGGGGAGCUCUCAGACACUCCCAAGGGAGAACGUUCUUCCAAACUCCUCUCUGCUCUUAACAGCCACAAGGACCGUUUCAUUUCAGGGAGGGAGAUUAAGAAGAGGAAAUGCUUGUUUGGUCUCCAUGCUCGAAUUCCUCCCCCUGUGGAGUCCCCUACUGGAGAUGGAGCCCCCACCAGCUUCCCUUCAGGGCAGGGCCCUGGGGGAGGGGUCUCACGUCCCCUGGGGAAGCGCCGGAGGCCAGAGCCAGAGCCCCUGAGGAGGAGGCAGAAGGGGAAAAUGGAGGAGCUGGGGCCACCCUCAGCAGUGCGCAAUCAGCCCAAGCCUCAGGAGCAGAGGGAGCGGGCUCGUCUACAGAGGGCACUGCAGGGCUCAGUGUCUCCACCAACCCCCAGCCCUAACCAGAGUUACCAGGGCAGCAGCGGCUACAACUUCCGGCCCACAGAUGCCCGCUGCCUGCCCAGCAGUCCCAUCCGGAUGUUCGCUUCCUUCCACCCCUCUGCCAGCACUGCAGGGACCUCUGGGGAUGGUGAACCCCCAGACAGGUCACCCCUGGAACUUCACAUUGGUUUCCCCACAGACAUCCCUAAAAGUGCCCCCCACUCGAUGACUGCCUCAUCUUCCUCAGUCCCAGUCCCUUCCCCCAGUCUUCCUAGACGCUCAGCACCCCCUUCUCCCCUGUGCCGUAGUUUGUCUCCUGGGACUGGGGGAGGAGUCCGAGGUGGGGUUGGCUACCUGUCCCGAGGGGACCCUGUCCGGGUCCUUGCUCGGAGAGUACGGCCUGAUGGCUCUGUGCAGUACCUGGUUGAGUGGGGAGGUGGGGGCAUCUUCUGAACGGCCUGCUUCUGCCCACCUCCUCAUGCACACACACACACACCGGCACUUUCAUACCCUGACCUCUGACCUCACCUACAGCUGGGAUGUACCUGGGGAGGUAGGGGAUAGCUCUCCCUACUGCCUAAGCUGGAAUCCAGGUGGGGGAUUGGGGAAGAGGCUCUCUUCUCUACUUCCUUCAUGAUUCCUGACUCUUUCCCCAUCCCUCUUCCCAUUUCUUUUGAUGUUAUUUUGUUACAGCUUUUUAAAUAUUUUUUAAAAUUAUUUAACCCUGGGGAUGGAAACUGAGGGAGGGAGGAGAGAGAUGAUAAAGGAUCCCGGAUUCUGUAUGAUUGAAAUAAAGAUAAAUAAACAAGU